AUUCUUUUGAUGUUUAACCGGUUUUGACACAGCUGGUUUGAUAUUGAGUCUUUGACCAUCUAAAAAGAUGUACCAAUCACGCUCAAAACGAGGGGGUAUUUGGUAAUUUUGUCUUCAGGUUGUCCGUAUGUAGUGCAGACACCCUCGAGCCAAUAAGAUUUGCCCAUCCACUGAUUCUCCCAACUCACUCCUACAUUUGAGAAAGAGAAAGUUUGAAGUGAGAGAGAGGAGUUAAAGAUGGCCAAUCUUAGAAGUCCAAGGUUUCAGCUCUUACUGGUUUUGCAAGUCCUUAUGCUAAUACAAUCCAAAGUGCUUUGCUACCAGUACAAAGUUGGAGAUCUAGAUGCUUGGGGCAUACCCACUUCAACAAAUCCACAAGUCUACACCAAAUGGUCAAAAACCCAUGAAUUCAAGAUGGGAGAUUCUCUAUUGUUUUUGUACCCACCAAGCCAAGAUUCAGUGGUUCAAGUCACAGCACAAGCCUACACCAGCUGCAACCUCAAAGAUCCAAUCUUGUACAUGAACAAUGGCAACUCUCUGUUCAAUUUUACUUCAUUGGGGAACUUUUACUUCACCAGCGGUGAACCGGGUCGUUGCCAGAAGAACCAGAAGCUCCAUAUUUCUUUUGGCAAUGGCUCUGCCUACUCUCCCUCCUAUGGCCCUAGUGCAUUGCCUGAUUCUGCACCUUCUUACCCCACAGUUUUUGGCACAAUCCCAGCACCCCCUUCUUCUGCACCAUCACAAAGUUUCCCAGUUCUCAUGGUGGCUGUGAUUGGAUUUGUGGUAUGUUCACUGCUCAGUGGCAAUCUGUGAACAGCUUCAACAUGGCUGUUAUUGGAUUCUUUUUUCUUCUUCUCAUGAAUGGUUCUAUAAACAUUGGCAUAUUGGUUGAUAUAUGGAAUUUUUGGUAUUGUAA